AUGCUAGUCAACCUUCUCCUCCUCCUCGCCGCCCUAAUCAACACCGGGGCCGCCGAUGAAGUCACGCUCCCAUUACUCUGCAUCACCCCGGCGGGCCUAAAGAAGGGAUGCCCCCCGCUGCCGAAAGAUCCGAUCGACCCGUCCGUAAAGUGCCUAAUUACGAGCAAGAUCACGCGAAACAUCAUCGACAAGGGCCCAUGGGCCAAGAAGGAGCAGCCCGUGAUCAACUGCAAAAUUGUGGAAGGCGGCUACCCAACCGUCUAUCCCGUCAACACCACCAUCGGAAGCGACGCGUGCCUGGCCCGAUUCCAACAGGGCGACCAACCCGACUGGGUCGAGGCUCCGUUCGCCGGCUCGUUGAUGAAAUGCGGCGCAUAUCCCUGCCAGCAGCGCAAUCGGCUCGUCUGGGGCAAAGAUGUGAACCCCGAGCUCCGCCUGGCUCUGGCCCCAGUCUGCCAUCCGCCGAUCCCCGACCCGGUGACCCUGGACUUUGGAGGAAAAUCGUGGUGCCCACUCUACACCGAAGACGUGAAAUCGCUCAAGAAUUGCGCGCUGCCCCCGCUCUGCGAGGAUGAUAGCGACAAUGUCAACCGAACCGCCUACCUCUACCCAUACUUCGAAGAAAAAGAUGAGAAGGUGUUCUCGAUACAGAAGAAAUAUUGCGAGAAGCUCUGCGACCCGAAAGCCAACAACGGCAAAAAUUGCCGUCGCAUCCCAUCGUGCCCGGGCAAUUCAAAGUACCCGGUCAACAACUGGGAGGUGCUGUUCGACCAUCAGCUGCCCGCCGACUACAUCAAACAGGACCCAUUCUAUGUGCUGCGCGCCUGCUUGCCUUGGUGCACCGAGGAAGAGUCGUUGGGCAAGAAGAUUCCGAAGCAGCCGUGCAAUCCCAGGCCAGUCGACCGGGGCGGAAAGAAAGACCCGAACCCGUUCUUCUCCGCCGAGUUCGUUGCGGGCCCGACGCUCGAGCCCCCGAGCGGCUCUAGCGACAUCGUCUUCGGCAGCGCCCUGAUCGUCCUUUUGGCCUGCGCCAUCACGAUUGUGGCGAUGAUCGGCGGGCUUUUCUUCUGGAAAAGGAAGAAGCAGAUGGGAAACACGAAAAAGGGCAAGGUCGUCGCCACAACAACAUCCAUGCACACAGCCGUCGCCCAGCCAUCAGCCAUGGGCCCCACCAAGAUGGGCGGAAAUACCGGGCUUGAAGGGGGCGCCACUGGUGAUGAGGAGAGCGAGACCUACAUCAACCAGGCGCUGCUCAACAUCAAGAAAGCGGCCGGGCAGCCCAAGCCCAAGGGUGACAAGUCGCUCGAGUCCGAGCCGUCCAGCCGCGAG